AUUUGCGUUCUGACUUUUGUUAACAUUGCAACGAUUAAAUUUAUUUUUUGUCUGUGACUUUACCUUUUUUGUCUUUUAACUAAUUAAGUUUAUGUUUGAAACUUUAAAUAAUUUUCAAGUUAAAUUAUGUCUUUGAACUCUUGUCUGAACUUUAAUUCGUCAAUAUUGACAGAUAUUCGAGUUGGAAUUAAACGAAAAUUAAAGUUUAAGAAAAGAUCAUCGAAGCGGGCUCGAGUAGAAUGUUUAACUAUGAAUGAUCUUCCAAAUGAAAUUCUUUUAGAGAUUUUUUCAAAUCUUGAUAAAAGUUCACUUGAGAAAAGCUUGCAAGUGAAUAAAAGAUGGCACGAGGUGAUAACUCAAUCAAAAGUAACAAUGAAUAAAUUACCGCUUUCAAUUUACCGACAAGAUGUUUUAGAUGAUUUCCAACCACCAAAACUUACUCGCAAAUAUUCGCGUGCUUCAUUUGUAGGAGUGAAAGAUUGGAAUUCGAUUCUGAAAACAUUGACAAGCAUCGGACAAUCAGUAAGAGAAUUAACAUUAAACGACUGCAUUUUCAUGGGGAAUGACUUUCAUCAUCUUAUGAAAAGCUUUCCUAUGUUGGAAUCGCUUACAAUUGAAUGGUGUUCCAAUCUAUAUGAUCUAGGAAAAUCAAUUGAAAUGAAAAAUUUGAAACUAUUAACAGUUGUUGAAGGUGGUUGGGUAUUUGACAUCAUUAAAUGCCGACUGAAUUAUUUAAGUGUUUCACAAAUUCAUAUGGAUGAACAGCAGAGCUUAAUUUCCUUUAUCAAUAAUCAGUUCACUCUAAAAUCACUUCAUUUAAAGGAUAUCAGUGACUUGUUUUGCAUUUGCAAUACUAAAAUGAAAUUUGAGGCACCACAAUUCAAAUUUCAACUCAGCCAACUGUCGCUAGAUUCGAUUCCAUAUUGUGACACGAUGCAUUUAAUUCCAUUGCUGAAGCAAGCCGAACAUUGUCGUCAACUAUGUUUAGGGAUUGACAUUCCCUCAAUUGUCUUCGAAUAUGUUUUAAAGAAUUUUAAAGAAUUGGAAGACUUACAUGUGGACACUGAACAGUUUCCAAUUAAAUCAUCAAUUUUUUACAAGGAUUUGAAACCGAUAAAUUCUCUUAAACAUUUAAAGAUAGAUGGAGAUUUCGUGAACGAUAAAGCAAUCGUGAAUGUUCUCCGACAUUAUCCCAAGAUAGAAACGCUUGACCUGAUGAAUCUUUAUGGAUUAAAAACAAGAAACACGUCAUUGUGGCGUGAGAUGACAAAAGCAGUGAAACAACUCACAAUAUUGAAGAUCUCAAACUGCAACAUUUACAACAUUUCACAAAUUAAGUUCGAGAAUUUAAAAGAAUUUCAAAUCGGUUUGCUUGGAUUUACGAACGAAAGGAAUUGGAGAAAGUUUGGGAUGAAGAAUCCCAACAUCAAAAAGCUCAUAAUAUAUUACAUUCAAUCAACUGUUUUAGAUCCACAAUUCAUCAUUUCAUACAUUCCUUCAUUGAAAAUCUACGAGUAUUGGUCAAUUUGCACGAAGCCACUUAAUUUCAAAAAUUAUUUACAAAAAUGUUUCGUCAAGUCUUGUUGGAAUAUUUAUAAAGGAAAUUAAGAAGUUCUUAACGAGAUCAUUUUAUAUUCAUUAAGAAAAAGGAAAAUUUUAAGGGAAAACUUCUGAGAAACUUUGCAAUGCAUGAAAUGCCAAAGUAUAAUUUUUUAUUUUAAAAUCUCUGGUAUUUGAUACAAUUUUUCAAGUUUUGAUAAGACUGAUAUGUUAUAAAGUUUGAGAACUUUAAUUAAUAAAAAACGUUUGAUGGAAA